AUGUUGGUCAAAAGCCUCCAGGCAACCGAACACAGAGGAAUUGAGGCAAAUUCGGUGAAAGUAACGGCCUUACUAGAAAUGAGGUCACCUCAGAAACCAAAGAAGGUCCAAAGAAAGAAAUUUCAAUGGACUUCAGAGUGCGAGGAAGCCUUCCAGGCUCUGAAGAAGCACCUUGGGGAAGCGCCCCUCUUGUCGAAACCUCAAUCGGAUGAAUCUCUAUUACUGUAUCUAGCAGUUUCGAACGUGGUAGUCAGCACAGUCCUAAUCAGGAAAGAAAAUGAGAAUCAAUUGCCAGUGUACUACAUCAGCAAAGGACUUCUCUCAGCUAAAACACACUACCCAGACAUGAAAAAAUUGGCAGUCGCACUUAUCACAACCUCAAGAAAGCUGAGGCCAUAUUUUCAAGCCCACUCAAUACAAGUUCUCACCAAUUUUCCUUUAAAGCAGGUAAUGCAGAAAACAGACGCGUCAGGACGCCUACUAAAAUGGGCUAUCGAGCUCAGCGAGUUCGAUCUAACGUUCCAACCUCGACACGCCAUUAAGGGCCAGGCCCUUGCUGAUUUUAUGGUUGAGUUUACCAAAGCCCUAGAGAUGGAGGCGAUAAUGGAACCAGCCGAGCCCCCCACAUGGAAACUAUUCAUAGAUGGGUCCUCAGGAGAGGCAGGCGCAGGGACAGGGAUCGUGUUGGAGAGCCCGGAAGGCCAUAAGCUAAAUUGUACGGUAAGGUUCAGCUUCAAAGUCUCGAACAACGCAGCCGAAUACGAGGCCCUUCUGGCAGGUCUAAGGCUCGCUAAGGAAAUGUGGGUCAGGAAGCUCCUAGCGAGCAGUGACUCUCAGCUCAUAGUAAAUCAGAUAAAUGGGAAUUUUGCAGCCAAAGAUGACGCCCUCUCAAAAUUAGCCAGCAGCAUGGACUUAGAGCUGCUAAACAUCAUCCCCAUUGAGCACUUAUCAAAGUCCUCCACCUCCGAAGGCGAAGAGGUACUGUGGAUAGAAGGCACCCCAUUAUGGAUGCAGCCCAUCAUCGUGUACCUGAAGGAGCAAACACUGCCUGCUUCCAGAGGCGAGACGAAGAAAUUAAGGAGAAGGGCUACACACUUCGUCCUACAAGAAGACACCCUUUACAAGAGAGGUUUCGCUUCGUCCCUUCUUCGAUGUGUAGACGGCGAAGAGGCCACAUACAUACUCAGAGAAAUACAUGAAGGAAUUUGUGGAAACCACUCCAGAGGAACGGCUCUGGGACACAAGGUUCUCCGUCAAGGGAGAGGAAGCUCAACUUUCGUUAUUGUCGCCAUUGACUACUUCACUAAGUGGGUCGAGGCAGAACCCCUUGCCCGAAUUACCGAGGCUAAUACUAUCAAGACUACUUGCUGGACUGCAACCGGUGAAACCCCAUUUUCCAUGAUCUACGGAGCCGAGGCAAUGAGUCCGGUCGAAGUUGGGGUCCCAUCACAUCGACGGAUACAUUUCAAUGAGAUCGGCAACGAUGAGGCCCGAAUGAGUGAACUACACCUCCUUGAGGAAAAGAGAGAUACCUCCCAAGUGACCUUGGCGAGGCAGAACCCCUUGCCCGAAUUACCGAGGCUAAUACUAUCAAGUUCGUUUGGAAAAAUAUCAUUUGUAGAUUCGGCAUCCCCCACUCCUUAG